AUGGCCCGUGAGGUGAAGCGAUUGGAUUCUAUCAGCAGAUCCCCUGUAUAUGCACAAUUUAGUGAAGCAUUGAAUGGUUUAUCAACUAUUCGUGCAUACAAGGCAUAUGAUUGGAUGGCGGACAUUAAUGGAAAAUCUGUAGACAAUAAUAUCAGAUUCACACUGGUGAACAUGAGUGGCAACCGUUGGCUUGGAAUUCGUUUGGAAACAUUAGGAGGCUUCAUGAUAUGGUUAACAGCUACCUUUGCUGUUAUGCAGAAUGGAAGAGCAGAGAAUCAGCAGGAGUUUGCAUCCACUAUGGGUCUCCUCCUUAGUUAUGCGCUUAAUAUUACAACUUUAAUGACCGCUAUGGUAGAUUUGCGUUCAGAGGCUCCUGCUGUCAUUGAGAGCAACCAACCCCCUCCUGCAUGGCCUUCAUCUGGAUCAAUAAAAUUUGAGGAUGCUUUGUUACGUUAUAGGCCUGAGCUUCCUCCAGUUUUGCAUGAGUUGUCUUUCACAGUUUCUCCAGGUGAGAAGGUUGGAAUUGUUGGAAGGAUUGGGGCAGGGAAAUCCAGCAUGCUGAAUGCUUUGUUUCGAAUUGUUGAAUUAGAAAGAGGAAGAAUCUUGAUUGACAAUUGUGAUAUUGCUAAGUUUGGACUGACAGAUCUAAGGAAAGUUCUUGGUAUUAUACCUCAGCCACCGGUUCUGUUUUCAGGAACUGUGAGAUUUAAUCUCGAUCCUUUUCAUGAGCAUAAUGAUGCUGACAUCUGGGAAGCUUUAGAGAGAGCACAUUUAAAGGAUACCAUCAGGAGGAAUUCUUUGGGGUUAGAUGCUGAGGUCUCGGAGGCAGGAGAGAAUUUUAGUGUUGGACAGAGGCAAUUAGUAAGUCUUGCUCGAGCGCUGUUGCGGAGAACAAAAGUUAUUGUUGUGGAUGAAGCAACUGCAGCUGUUGAUGUCAGAACUGAUGCUCUUAUUCAAAAGGCUAUUGGUGAAGAGUUUAAGUCGUGUACAAUGCUGAUAAUUGCUCAUCGUCUAAAUACUAUUAUUAACUCUGACCGAAUCCUUCUGCUUGAUGCUGAAUAUGAUUCUCCAGAGCACCUGCUGUCAAAUGAAGGAAGCGCUUUCUUUAAAAUGGUCCAAAGUACAGGAUCUGCAAAUGCUCAAUAUUUACGAAGCUUGGUAGGGGAAGGUAAAAACAAGUUUGGGAGAGAAGAUCUGAACAAACAACUCUAUGGACAGAGGAGAUGGGCGACCUCUUCCUCUUCUCCCUGGGCUGCAGCUACCCAGCUUGCCUUAACUGUUAGCCUGACUUCUUCACAGAAGGAUCUUCAACUGCUGGAAAUUGAAGAUGAGAACAAUAUCCUCAGGAAGACCAAGGAUGCAGUGAUAACUCUCCAAGGAGUUCUGUAA